AUGGGGGUGAUUGGUAGUUGCUUAAAUUUUGGUGGUGAAGCUGGUGACAGUGAACUUCCUCGAAGGACAUUCGAGCGUCAUAGUGGAACUGGCAGAGAGGGUGACAUCAAAAGCGAAGAAGCUGGUCGUGGAAAUUGGGGAACACCAGGAGAAGAAGUUGUUGUUGUGGAGACUGAAGAAGUUGCUGGUGUUGAGACUGAGAAGCCUGCUGGUGAUGAGGUUGCUGCUGAUGCUAACAAGAAGAACACUGCUGAAGUGGAGGAGCAGAAAGAGUCUGAAGAUAAGGAAAUGACUCUGGAUGAGUAUGAGAAAAUACUUGAGGAGAAGAGAAAAGCCCUUCAGCCUCAGAACAACUCUGAAAGGAAAGUUGAUACUAAAGUGUUUGAAUCAAUGCAAAAACUCUCAAACAAGAAGAAGUCCGAUGAAAUCUUCAUCAAGUUGGGUUCUGAUAAGGAAAAACACAAAGAUGACAAAGAAGACAAGGCUAAGAAGGCUGUUAACAUCAACGAGUUUUUGAAACCAGGUGAGGGUGAGAACUACUACCGAGGAGGAGGUCGUGGUGGUCGUGGAAGGGGACGUGGUGGUCGUGGUGGUCGUGGAAGGGGACGUGCUUCUGGUGGUGGAUUUGAUGGUUACCGUAGUGAAGCUGCGCCUGCCAUUGGAGAUACUGCUCAGUUCCCAUCUCUUGGGGGCAAGUAG